AUGGGAGACGGUCAAACUGUAAACGGCCAAGCAAAGGUCAUCGUCGCUGUUAGUGCCGUCCUAUCAGCUUUAGCCAUCCUAGCCGUCGCCCUCCGCUUCUACACCAAAACUUACAAAAGCGCAAGAAUCCAUAAGGAAGACUGGCUGAUCCUUGGUGGUCUGGCUCUCACGCUUGGUGUUACUAUCAACAACAUCGUCGGAGUCGCAGUCGGUGGCAUUGGCGAGCAGGAGAUAUGGACCAACAUUUACGCUGGCGAUGGUGUUCCAUUGUUCCCCACUCCCAAAGAGUUGCUGCCUGAUGGCAAGGUCAUGUUUGUGAUGCAAAUCAUGCAUACAUGUGCCAUGCCGGUCAUCAAAGCUUCGGUCCUGACUUUUUACUGGCGUAUCUUCGUCACUCCGGUCAACUCCUCUCGCAACCUCAGAAUUGCAAUCUGGGUGAUCGCCACCUAUGUGCUCCUCUGGUGGAUCAGCAUCUUUUUCGCCACUCUUUUCCAGUGCAAUCCGAUCUCAGACAAUUGGGGAACCAAUCCCUUGCAGCUACCAGGCUGCCCGAACAACAUCAACGUCAUGUAUCAGACUGCCGCAUUCACAAAUCUCGUCAGCGAUAUAGUAAUCCUUGCGCUUCCCUUUUUCCCUAUGAGGAAGGUUCAGCUUCCCCUGGAGAAAAAAGUCGCAGUGCUAUGCAUCUUCAUGACUGGUGCCGUUGUAGUCGUAGCUGGUAUUGGUCGAACGGUGUCCUACUUUAAGCUUCGAGACCUCGCAGACUUCAACUUUUCAUUCCACUAUUAUUGGAUCGUGCUCUGGACCUCCAUCGAGCCUACUCUUGGCGUCAUCGGCGCCUGCCUCCCCACCCUGCGCCCUUUCUUCAACGGCGUAUCGCCAGAUCGCCCCGGACCUGCAAGCGAAUCGAACGAGAGAUUUGCGCACUCGGUUGAGGCGGUGGAGGGUUUUGGUACCGUCGACAAUCAUAUCACCUCUAUGGAAUUGCAGGACAGGAAUCAGUUGGAGAAGACUUCGGAUGGCAGAGGGAACGGUAUCCACGUUAAUCGGGACAUUCAUCAGCGCACUGAGGAUAUGGUGUGA